AUGAUCACAACCAAAGUCUUUACGAAUAGUUUUGCCCGAAGGUUGAUUUUGAUGACGUGGCUAUGCUGGGGCCUGUUCUCACUGUUUAUCUUCAUCCAGCCCCGUGAAUACCAAGAUAUGGGAUGUCACUUCGGGAACCGUCAGAUCAAUCCAUACUUUUUUAUGAUAGUAAGCAUAAUAGUCUACAUCCAUGUGAUAGUCCUGAUCGUACUCCAAAUGAGCACCUUCAAAACGAUGAGGAAGUACUUUGCGCAGUUACAACAACAUGGCUUGAUCCCCACUCGAACCCCUUUAGUCAUCAACGUCAUGAGUAGAUCAACAAAAGUUGCAACAGCACAAUCUGAUGUUAACAAACCACAAGGACACCCAGUGAUGAUUGAACCUCAACCUGGAUGUUCUCGUAACAUCAAAGAAGAGGACCCAACAAUGGACGGAUCAUCGUUGAGCGACGCUCUCUCAAAGGAAACCAGCCUGUCAGUAGAGGAGAGAGCUCAAAGAAAAACAUCAUCCAAGAUGAAUCAAGCCUUACGGGUGACCGACCUGUUCAGUAGUAUAAAGAAGAAUAAGAUUAGGAGCGAAGCUGCUAAGGCUAAACAAAACGAAAAUAAAUUAUAUAAGGCUUGGAUCAAACGGGUUUCAUUACUAAUUAAAAAGAUCAGUAUUAUGCUAAUUCUUUUUCUAGUAUGCUAUAUUCCAUUUUUUGUAGUUGUACCAAUCCAGAUCUUUAACGAUAACUUUCCAGCAAAUAUCAUACCUACUGCCGCCAUAUUUUAUCUUUUGAACUCCUUGACGAAUAUCAUUGUUUACGCCACUACUAGUGACGACUACAGAAAUGCAUUUAAAAGCAUUUUCACUUGUAGAAAUUAG